AUGAAGUCAACCUCCCUAUUCAGCGCUGUUCUGCUGGGGGCAACGGUAGCCUCAAGCUCCAUUCUCUCCCGCGACCCUGGGCCAUCCUCUUCCAUCUCGCCAAAGGAGCCGGAGGAUCCCGUCAUCCCUUUGAGCACGGAUGAAAGCUUCCAUUUCGAGCUGCUCUUCACCCUCGGAAGCACCAUAUUCGGGGCUGGCGACGUCAACGACGUUUUGGCCGCAGCGAAAGACAUCAAGGCCGGGAAUUUCACCAACUGGCUUGAGACUUUCCACGCGUUGGCUGAAUACACCAAGAAGCAGGCCGAGGAUCCGGACAAUGCGUACGAUUCAUUGAACGUCCGGGAAGCGUGGUUCGCCGCAUCGAGCUACUACCGCCAGGCCGACUUCUACAACCAUGCGAACUGGACGGACCCUCGUAUUAAUAGCUUUUGGCUCGAGCAACGCGCUGCCUUUGACAAGGCGCUUGCUGCACUGCCCGUUCCUGGCGAACGUAUCCAGAUCCCGACUGAUAACUUCACCGUUGAAGCAAUCUGGUACACAGCCGCAGCCGACAGGGUCAAACGGCCGACCUUGAUUAUCGGCAACGGAUACGACGCCAGCCAGGAAGAUUCCUACCACUCGUUCGUCGUACCAGCCUUGGCCCGCGGCUGGAAUGUCAUUACCUACGAAGGACCAGGGCAGCCCACGGUUCGCCGCAAUGAUGACAUUGGUUUCAUCCCCGAUUGGGAGAAGGUUCUCACGCCAGUUAUCGACGAGUUGAUGAAGCGCAAAGGCUGCUUCGUCGAUAAAGACCGGCUGGUCCUUGUUGGCAUUUCAAUGGGUGGCUAUCUGGCCGCUCGUGCCGCCGCGUUUGAGCCUCGAAUCAAGGCCCUUAUUCUCAAUGGCGGCGUGUGGGAUGUCUACGAGGGAUACGCUGGUCAGCUGACCUCGGAGCUGAAGGAACUUCAUGCUGCGGGCAAGCAAGAGGAAUUUGACCAGACUGUCUUGCCGCUCUUGGAUAGCCCACAGGUGCCUACACUCAUGCGCUGGGGUCUAGGACACGGCCUGUGGUGCUUCAAACAGCAUUCCCCGUACCUGUGGCUCGAAUCGCUCAAGCAGUACACUCUCAAGGACGUUAUUGAGAAGAUCAAAGUACCCGUCCUUGUCGUCGAUUCCGAGUUCGAGGGGUUUUUCGCUGGUCAGCCGGAGGUUGUCAAGGACGCACUCGGCGAUAAUGCAACUUACAUGUUCUUCAAGGGAACAGCUGGAUAUCACGUCCAAGUUGGAGCUGCGCAGGAGUGGAACAGGUACCAGUUUGCCUGGCUGAACAAAACACUAAAGUGA